CUUGCAGACAAAGAGUUACGGAUAGUCCCCGGACCUACGACAUAUGGAGGACGUGUAUCUGGCUCGGAGUCUCUCCCAGCUCUUCGGCAGUUGUUCUAGACCAGGCCAGCUCGCGAGGCUGGAACCUCGUCUCUCUUUCAUUAGCUCAAAAUAGAGACCACCAUCGGAAGAGGCUGUGUGGCUCUCACGUGGCUGGCUUUGUCUGUCAAGCUCGUUGCCCCGCUUUUUAGCCUCUGUUCUCCAAGCCCGUCCCCUGGCUGUCAACCUGCAACUGCAUCUUGGAUGGAUCAGAUGCCAGUCAAAGGAGAACCCACUCUUUACGAAGUACCUCGAGGUGUGUUCUUUUCGUGAAUUUCGAAGUGUCUCGCAGUUUCAUGGCUGGGAGAUGGAAAACCGCCUGUUCUCCUCAACGUAUAUAUACGGCAGCUGAUCACUACGACCUCACGGGCACUUCGUAUUAAGUGCUAUUAUUAUUAUAGUGCGGGAGGCGCCUCUGGACCUCUGACAUCAUAUGCAACUGUUCAUCGGUGGUCAACGAUCGGGGCCCGGUGGCCAAGGGCGCGGGUCAACCCAACGGCAACACUGAAAAUAAUAUGCCCCGUCUCGUGGUCCCGAAGAGGCACAGAAGUCUCACGUCUCAGCUUCCAGGGGCAACGUGUUCGUGCAACUCUGAACCGAAGCCCCUGCCAGUGAAGACUUGGUGGAUGUGUGAAAGUCGUGACACGGACCAUCACAUGGCUUGGCGAGCAGAUGACGUCCGUGAGGGUGAUACACAUAUCCCAUAAAGGAUCACCGAGAGACAGAGCAGGUGAAGUGGUGCCUGGUGUAGGCAGGCAAAGAUACCGAGGCGGUAUACCUAACCACUUUGGAGUUGAAAUAUGUAACGGGCCAUGUCCCGUGUCUGGGCAAGUACCUGCAGCAACAACGACCCGGACAACCUUCUCCGUGUGAAAACCGCCUUUGUUUCCAAUGCAAGAAAUUGUCGAAUCUCGAGGGGUAGCAAAUCAUAUCUUUGUUUCUCUCUAAAUGGUACCUGGGGGGGCACCAACCUAGUCCCGUGGGCCGUGGACUGAAAGUGGCCGUUGAGCUGGUAGGAAGUAGUUGGUCAUACAGAGGGGCCGAUCCGUACCUCCGGGGGUGUGCGGUUCCAGGUUGCAGGGUUUCAGAGACCUCUCAUGCUGCGUGCGCGGCGCCCCUUCCGACCCAGACCCCCAGACCCCAGUGAACUAGUGGAAGGCAACCCCGCCGCGCCGCUGAGAGCCGCUGCCGCCAAACUUCGUUUGGAUUUCCAUCCACCAUUCCUGUCCUCGCAAUACCUACCGGCCUACUGUUUCCCAGCUUCCUGUCGACACCGCAGCCCCUUUACACAUUUCGCAUGAUUAGCGGCGCCCGCUCCCAGCACUCCCACCGUCACGAUGGGCAACGUCAGCAGCUCUCCCGAAGAGGGCGCAUCGCUCUAUCUUAGAGACCAGAACAGAUUAUCUAUUUCUUCAGUCGUAAUAACUAGCCCCAGAAAACGCACUUCAAUAAACAUAGUCCCGAAUGCAUAUCCUGCGACCAGAAUAUCCGCAAUGCGGCCGUCUGGCGACAAUGGUCCUGUCGAUUUUGUCCUGGACCCAGAAUCGAUCAGCUCUGCAGCCGGUCCGGCCUUCUUGUUGAAGCUCAACAACGAAGACGACCUCGUCUUCACCUUCACCUUCGUCCUCCGCAGAUCGCAGCAGCUCGUUCGAAGUCCCUCAAGAAGUGCUGAUACCGUAGCUCCUGUCGAUACAAACAUCCAAGGGCUUACCUUUGUGUAUGCUCCAACGGCCCGCGAAGUUGAGAACUUGGUUACUCGAGAAUUCCACGCCGAUCCAAACCUGCACAAGAACCCCAAUGUCGAGCUUGUUGGAACAUAUUCAACAGAGGGAAGUCCCUCGGUAACAUUUGACUGGACUUGGAAAUGGAAGCCACCAAAGCACAACGAGGAUAAAGGAGGCGGUUGGCGAAACUCAUGCACUUUUGUCGAGUACGACCAGCGCGCACACCGACUGGAACCCCUGGCUAUAUUUUCUUUCUACGUGGCCAACACAUCGCCUUACCUGAGCCAACCAAGCUCACCAAUACCACCCAUUCUGCUGAGCGCUCCACCAAAGGUCCGCGUAGUGUCUUCACAAUCGGUCGAAGCUCGAAUCAGUCCAGUGCCGGAGCUCGAAGAGCUAGUCUCUCCACUCACCAUAUCUCAUGAACCGUUGCCUGCGCCUUCUCCGGCACCAACCCAACAAAAGGAGCAAAUCAAGGUCGACUGCCCACGCCCCGGUGAGGAUAUGUCAGUUUCCGAUGAUGGUCCCGUUUUCCGAGCAACCAUGAAGGCUCUCGAGCAAAAGACAGGCAAUAUGCGAUCACAGAUGAAGCGUUUGAUUAAGAAAGCCGAAAAUGUCCAUGCUGCGCAACUGGAGGCCAACGAUGCAUUUGCGGCUUUCAUGGAAGCCUUGAAAGACGUGUCCUCAACCAACGCAAACGCCGUCAAGCCAGCCAUUGAGCACUACUUUGACAAGAUCGCCCGCGAGAUUCUAUCAUAUGAGCGGCAGAACACGGCGAAUAUACAAAGGAUUGUGAUUGAACCGAUGAGCAAGUUAUACCAGAUCGACAUCAAACAGGCCGAAUCCAAGAAGCGGGAUUUCGAAGAGGAAAGUAAAGACUUUUACGCCUAUGUCAGCCGCUACCUCGGCCAGAGACACGACUCCGUCAAGGCGAAACAGAGCGACACCAAGUACCAGACCAAACGGAAGAACUUCGAACUAAAACGUUUUGACUAUUCCUCGUUUAUGCAGGAUCUAUCUGGCGGGCGCAAGGAACAGGAAAUUCUUUCGCAUCUUACCAAAUAUGCCGAUGCCCAGGCCAGGUGCUUUCUCAACACUUCAAAGAAGAUUGAAGACUUACUGCCACAGCUCGAAGCACUAUCCACCGAAGUUUUGGAGGCGGAUAAGGAGUAUCAGUAUCAGCGCCGGGAACGCGAGGAGAAGAGAAGACUGCUCGAGAAGAGCAAUCUCAACUACAAUGAACCAGACAUUCAACCUCCGCUCACCUCAGCCGGGCCGCGAGAGGGGGGUGCUCCCAAUGGAAACCCAGCCAAUUCUGACUCUGAACUCGGUCGUGCGAAUAGUACCGGCUCCCAGCUCAAACCAGCCUCGUCAGGAAACAUGGGUGCCUCUCCUGCGGACCUGACGAGGUCUCCUGGGAGCCUGACGCAACAUGUCGUGGGUAGCCCCCAACAAAAUGCUAAAUUCAAGGGAAUCCGCGACCUUGAGGAACGCGACCCUGGGCACAUAGCGCAGCUUGAAAAGGAGACCUCCAACCGCAAGGAAGGCCUCCUGUGGGCCUUGAACAGGCCAGGUGGACAUGUAGAUCCACGAAAUCUCAACAAGCAGGGCUGGCACAAAUUCUGGAUUGUCCUGGACCAAGGCAAGUUGUCCGAGUAUAGCAACUGGAAACAGAGGCUUGACCUCCACAUGGAUCCGAUCGAUUUGCGUCUGGCAUCAGUACGAGAGGCAAGGAAUGCGGAACGCCGGUUCUGCUUCGAAGUCAUCACGCCACAUUUCAAGCGCGUUUAUCAAGCAACAUCUGAAGAAGAUAUGAAUAGUUGGAUCAUGGCUAUCAAUAAUGCAUUACAGAGCGCUGUUGAAGGUCGCUCUUUUAAGGACAGACCGCCAUCAACAGCCCCCGGCGACUCGAGCUUCAGCGGUAUGGACUUUGGCUCGAUGUUUGUUGGCAAAAGUCCGUCCCUCUCGCACGGCAACCAUCACAACUCUGGGGGGAUCCCAACCCGGCGCACGACUGUCGGCGCCCGCCCAGCGACGGCGCGCAGCAGCAGCUUUGAGGAACGGCCAGACAGGCUCCUCCAGCUACUCCGGGACAACGAUCAGGGCAACUCGUGGUGUGCCGACUGCGGUUCGAGCAACAAGGUCGAAUGGGUCUCGCUCAACCUGGCAAUCAUUGUUUGCAUCGAGUGCAGCGGCAUCCACCGGUCCCUCGGGACGCACAUCAGCAAGAUUCGAUCCCUCACCCUUGACACCACCUCGUUCACGCCCGACAUUAUCGAGCUGCUGUUUCUUGUAGGCAACAGGGUGUCCAACAUGGUGUUUGAAGCCAAGCUGGACCCUGCCAUGAAACUCACCGCCCAGGCGACCCGUGAGCAGAGACUCAAGUUCAUCACGUCAAAAUACGUCGACAGGGCGUUUGUCGAGCCCAUUUCCACCACGCUGUCACGCUUCGCCACGGCAGACGAGACGCUCUUGGCUGCGAUCAAGAGGAACGAAAUCCAGCAGGUCAUUUACGCCCUUGCCCUCAAGGCUAACCCGAACGUCACGGACAAGUCCCGCGGCACGCACGCGGUGUAUCUGGCGUUGGCGGCGGCUGACCCAGCGCCAAUGUCGCCGCCUGUCACGCCUGGUCCGUCACCGACGGUGGACAAGCUUAUCCCGUUCCCCAUCGCGGAGCUGCUUGUGCAGAACGGGGCCGAGAUUCCGGCGGAGAUGCCCCAGAUUCCACUGAGCCAUGCUGCGCAGGGGUAUAUUGAGCUGAAGAGGGGGAGGAAGGCGGCGAUUGAGGCUUCGGGGGCAGGAGGGGCAGGAGGGGGGUCGUAUGAUGGGGUUGGUUCCUUGCCGGCGGGGUCGACAUUGAGCCCGGGGGAUAAGCUGCAAAGGGAGAGGGAGGCGAGGCUGCAGAAGAGGGUAAGCGCGGGGGGGAGGUUGGCGAAGAGCCCGAUCCCGGAACGAUAGGGUGCCUGUGGGGUUGUGGUGAUGCCUUUUUGGGGGAUGGUGGGGAGGGAGAGGGAGAGGGAGAAGAAGGGGGUGAGUGAGUAGGGCAGGGGGGGAUAUUGAUUAUUUUUUUAAUGGGUUUAUGAUGUGAUUGAUUGGGACACAUAGGGGCGGGGGUAGUUUGGAAAGUAGGGCGUUGAGAGGUAGUUUUUUUCUUUUUUACUUCUUGUGUUGUAAUGGUCUUUUGAGUUGUUUUUCUUCUUCUUACAAAGCAUGAAGUUUUUUUGUUGUUGUUAAUGACUGGUAUAGUAUUGGGUGCUCUGGGUGGAUGUUUGAUACUGGGAGUAGGAGUGGGUUGGUGGGAUGUGGUUGUAGGUAGUUUGAAAAGAGAGAUAAUGUUUUGUUAUGAGUUUUUGGUAUUUGCUUUUAUUUUCUUGCAUUUAUCAUGGGUACCUACUAUGAGUUAUUUUGCGUUGAUUACGGAUGGAAGUGAAGAUUGGGAUAUUUGGGUGGGGGGCUUGUUUACUGUUAUGAUUUUUGUAGUGAUGAGCGGGGCGGUGUUUUGGCCUUUUUGUUUGUUGGAGGCAUGCGCGUGUAUCUAUAUAUCCAUCUAGCUGGCGAGCAUAAGGAGGACUGAGGUUCUUUUUUUUUGGGUAAGGUAGUUGGUUGGGUUUGAAGAGGUUGAAGAACAAAGCACAGGAAUCUGACAUUCAACAACUUCGUCUGAACUACUCAUACUUUAUAUGCGUGUCCGUCAUUGAAAACACC